AUGUCACUUAAAGCGAAGAUCGACGUCUUCCCCUUUGACGGUUAUCUGCUGCAGGAUCCUUCGGUGGUCAGUGUUAUGCAGGCAGUUGUGCGGGGAAACAAGACAGGAGGCACCGGUGUUGGAAACAGCGGCGGCGCGAGUGGCAACGAAACCGGCAGUGGUGGUGUGGGAGGUGGUAACGCAAACAAACGACGUGAGGCGGGCGGCGGGACAACAAAUUCUGAACGGCGCAUAAAAACACCAUUGGAGAAGCUCAUGAGCCUCAGGGCACGGUGCCGAGAGCAGCAGCGCGUCCAGUCAGUUGAAGGCGUACUACUUGUGCAUGCGCACGACCAUCCUCACGUGUUACUUCUAAGACACAACGUUAAAACAACGAAUCGCUCGCGCGUAUUACCUGCGACGAACACAAACAGUACCGCCGUGUAUCGGCUUCCCGGUGGACGGUGCAGGAAUGGGGAACCGGAGGAGCUGUGCCUUCUCCGCAAACUAGGAAGGGAUCUUCUCAACGAAUCAAAACGUUUGACUUCGUCCUCUACAGCGGAGGAGGAACGGAGUGAAGUGGUGGUUGAUGUCGGUAGCGCACAUCCCAAUGGCACCGCUGUUACUGCUUCAUCAUCUUCAUUUCGAGUGGGUGAAGUGUUGGCGCGGUGGUAUAGACCACACUUUGAUCCCUUGAUGUAUCCGUACGUUCCGGCUCACGUUGCGGAGAAUGAUGUAAGGGAAGUACGCACCAUUUUUCUCGUUCACAUGCCACCCCGCAUGCUGCUGACGGGAACGUACGGAGAUGAGGAACUUGUGGCCGCUCCAUUGUUCGAUCUCUACGACAAUACGGCGAAGUAUGGCGUGUUAAUUGCCUCUAUUCCAACACUUCUUUCUCGUGUAAACAUAAACUAUUGCAGGUAA